GUGGCGGAAAGGUUUCAAAAUGGAAGUGCAGACCAAUUAACAAAACAGAGAAGAACAACGGCAGCUUGAUGUAAAAGGGGUGGAAGAAGAUAUCAAGUUGAUAUAAAAAUCAAGAUGAAGACUAUAUCAACAGUAUUGAGCGGUGUUAUUAUAUUUAUGUUAUGUAAUAUGUCUUUAUGUAAAGAUGUUAUGACAUAUUACAUGGAAACAAAUUGUGGUAAAUCUUUAGAUUUAGAAUUUGUACAGCCUGUUGUUAUAGAAGCUCAACCGUCCACCAAAUCAUCAGGAAAUUUAGAAAGAAUUUGCACUGUGACUCUAUCAUUAGCUAAAUCAUCGAAGACCAGUGAGUUUAGCAAGAUAUGUGUGCGUUUUGACUCUCUUAAAAUCUCUGAUAAAUGUGAUUCAGCACUGUCAUUAAUGGGUAUAGCUAGUAAACAGACUAAUGAUGCUAUGUAUUUCCUAUGUGAUGAUAGUCCACCAGAAAAAGAAGUUUGUUCGAAGGGUGACACACUAGUUAUAACAAUCACAAGAGGAUCACAGAAGGCUUCAGAUGUACAGUUUGCAUUAAAAGCAACCAAUAAAUUCCCCGAAUCUCGGUCAGGAUGGCAGGAAGAGCGAUGGAAAGAUCUGGAAGAAAGACAAGAAUCAUCUACUAUAAUAUCUAUUGUGUGUGGUGCGGUCGUUGGUGCCAUGUUUCUGGUUGUUAUGAUUACAGUGUGUGUAAUGUAUCAGAAGAAUCAGGCACGUGCCCGUAAUUCGAGUACGAACCAAAAUGGCGGUGAUAAUGCCACAAUACCUUCAGCUCCCCCUGGUACUGGUAAGUUGUGUGUGGCAUAUACAGCUGUUCCAAGAAAUGACACAGUUACUCCACUACCUGGCAAUCACCCAGUACCCGAAUAUCAUCCCAUGCAUGUUUUGCCAUCACAUACACCAUCUGAGGUAUCGGCACCAAAUAUGAGAAUACCAGGUGGAUUUCAACAGUAUGCUAUCAACAGUGAUGCUAUGUCACAGAGGAACUACCCAGCAUCUCACCAAGGAACUCUGGGACCGCAAGGACAGGUUCCCCAGUGGAGCAUGGGAAGAGGGCCUGUAUACGGAGGUGGUCAGUAUAUCUAGUUCUAAGAUAAUCAACAAGAAGUUACAGUUUUCAGAAGGUUAUGGUAGACCAAGAUCGUCCUACAGUCUUUUUUUUUAAGAUGCUCAGUUUUUAUGGAUAAGCUUCUAUUCAAACUUUCAGUUUCAAAUAUUUGUUUGUUUGCGACCUUCUUACAUUUAUUCACAAGUAAACAUCUUUAAUACAGUUGUAUUUUACCUUAUCAUAGUAAUAUUUCUGAAGUGUGGCCCUUGGUUUCUGCCAAACUUAAAAAUUGACAUUUCAUGGGUUUUUCCUAAUCAUUGACUAAAAUUUUAGAAAAGAUUUGAAAUCUUAACCAUUGAAAAGACAUGGUCCUUAAAAUAUGUUUACUCAAAAUCAUUUAAUAAAAGGCAUUAUCCUUUAAUAUCUUUGGGUUUGAAGAUACAGAGCUCAAGUUUAUGUUCAAGUUCAAAUAGUUUAGCUGAAUUCAUACUGUGUGUUAAUUAAUUAGUCCCUGAUAUUAUAUUUGUACCAAAGAACAGGGAAUCAAACAAUGUGCCUUCAUAGAGAUGUGCAUGUACAUGUGGCUACAUUACACUGUAAGAUUAGUUUAUUGUUAGCCAAAAAUUAAAAUGGUGCCAUGUACUGUACAUAUGGAGAGUUCUCUUACAAAACACUAUAUGUCCAUUUCAGAUUUUCGGUAAAAAUCAGAUGAUUUUCUUUAAGUUUAAAUACACAAACAGCUAAAUAAUGAAGUUUAAAGGACUGUCAUGGAUUUCACAGAAAGCCACAAAUAAAGGCAGCUUUUUAGUAUGCAAAUCAAAUGCCCAAAUCCAAAAUAUGCAGAAAAAGCCAAAUUACCUUUACAACGUAACUCGUUUAAGUGAUUUUGCUCUGUUGUAUGAGUGACUUGGUAAUUAUGAUGAUUACUUAUCACAAUAACUUUGGCAAAUAUAUAGACAGGGUUGUCCAGGCACAUGCAUGGCGUGUAAAUUUUGGGCUCAACCAACCCUGCAUUCAAUCUUAAAGUUUGUAUUUCUUCAAGAGAGCUUUAUAAUAUUUACACAGGACUUUGAUAACAGUUUUACUGAAUACAGAGUGUUUAAACAAAACAGAAUUAACUGGUUUUAUUUAUUAAAAUAUAUUUUCACCUGCUACUUUAAAUGCUGUUUUAUAUAUCUGAGAUAACUGCAAGGAAUAAAUAAUGAUUUUGAAUAAGGGAAGAUCUGAAUGGUGGUAAUUGUGUUUUGGAAGCCUCUUCAUAUAUUCUUUUUCGUGUUUGUAUCAGAGGAAUUGAGUUGUCAAUGUGUUGUAUGCAAACAGUUUUCAAUACCUUUGUUUAGAUUGUUUACUGUCUAAAUAUUUAUUGUUUACAUUAUAAGAUGAUUUUACUUUAAUAAGUGCAAUGUGACAAUUUAAUUUUAAAUUGUCUAUUCAUAAUAAAAGAUUGACUUAAUUAUAUAAUCUCAUUUUUUUAUCAUCAAUUAUAUGUUAGUUAGUUUACUAUGAAUCAUUAUGUUAUUAUUAGAUUGCUUAUAAAGUAAAUUGUUUGUAAGUUUUUAGGACAUUUUGUAUCAUUUUCUUUCUAUUUAUAGACUCAUUGUGUAAUGGAUAACCACGGAAAAAAAGUCACAAAAUCUCUUUUUAUUGUAUAUUAACCAUUAGGCAGCACUAGUAGUACUAGUCUUAUAAUACCUUGCAGACAUUUAAAUGAGAUUCUGAAUAUAUCCAUAUGGGUUUACUAGAAUGUUACAUGUAGCUACCCUCUUCAAGGAUUGAGUUGUCAUAGAUAAUUGAUGCUAAAUACCUUGUAAACAGAUUUAUAACAUUCUCUUUUAACCUAAGAGAACCUAUUUACAACAAUCUUUGAAGAAAUUGUGAUCCCAAUAGGCAAUCAAAUGCCAAAAUUAUAAUACAAAGAAAAAGGAUACCGCCAACUUAACCAAGGUUAAGGUAACAUUGUAAAACCCAUGAUGUGAAAUAUUUGACCAUAUUGAUAAAAAUAUUGUUAUUGCAAAACUCUUACAAUCUAGAAUGUUUUUGCAUUUUUCUAGCAGGCUAGUUUUUAUACAGAAAGAGCUUCAUCUAUAUAUUCUUCAUACUGUAAGUGAUAACUUGAAAAUAAUCAAAAUGUCCAUUUAGUACAUGUUUAAUGAUAUUAUUUAUUACAUUGAUGUCAUAGUUCCCACAACUUAUUCAUUAUGCAUAAUUAUUAAGCUUAAUAUACAUUGUAGCUAUUGUAUGAUAUUACUAUUAACUUAGGUGCUACUUGAGAGAUCUUUAUUACUCAUAUAAUUUCAUAAUCAGAGUGCUCAGUUCGGAAAACAGUGUUAAAAAAUGUAAUCUUUUACUUUUAUUUUUAUAAAAUACAAAAAGCCCCAAUGACGAGAAUUAAAAGAUCAAGACUAGAGUCUUAAAAUAAAGUAGAUUAAUGCCUGUAAUGCUACAAAAAACAUUAGUCCAAAUACGAUUACAAUCAAUGAGUUCUACCUCUUAGGUUGUCUUGAUAGAGCUUUAUCAUUAAUUAAUACAAUUUUAUUUCAAGAUUGGCCAUUUACUUAACACUUUAGCACUUGUUACCAUCAAGUUUUAGUGCUUUAUUAUUGAAUUUUUUGUACAUGUAUUUUAAACUAAUCUGUUUAACAUAUAAAAUGGCACAAAGGCAGCUUUUGCACCAUACGAGAAAUUUAUUAAAAUAAGGCAUAACUAGUUAGUCAGUAUUAUUAAUUGUCUUUUUAUUUAUAUAUUCAUGUAUUAUUUCUGUAAUGGUCUUGAAGUAAAUCAAAUUGUAUAACCAUUUGUACAUAGUCUUUGCUGUCACUGAUAGCUUCAUAAUUUAUAUAAUUAUAUACUUCAAAUUAACAUGGGUUGUCAACCACAUUUUGGAAAUUAUACUUUAAGCUCAUUUUAUGUUUUAGAUUAUUGUAAUAUCCAGAUUCUCUUUAAUAACAUUUGUUAUUUUUAACUGAUUCUAGUAAAGAUAUAAAACCCUUGCUUAAUUUUAAUCAAUUUGAUUUUGGUUGUGUUUAUUCUUAUGAAAUGUCAGAUUCUCUUAAAUGGAGUUAUCACCCUUAGUUUAACACUACAAAAUGGCCAGUAAUGAUAAAUUUUGUUGUUAGGUGCAAAAAGGUACUCCCAGUUCAUUGUUAGUAGAGUUUUGUCGUUUUAUGAUGAUUUUAUUUACACAUGUGCUAAUGAAUUUAAAUUUCAUUUGAUAGAACUAAUUAUCUUAUACACAUUCUCAUUAUAUGUUUUAUUUUAUUCACAAACCUCAUUUGGUUGAAAAAAUUUCUCAUGUAGAGUGUUUAAAAGUUGCAUAUUAAUUUAAUUAUAAUUAUCAGAAUCAAAACUGAACAAUUGAUAUAUAGUUUUUUGUUUGUAUUAUAUAUUUGGAAAUUGGCCAAAGUCACUUGUUUAAUAAUUUUUAACAAAACCGGUCCUACGCAAAAAAAAUUUUUUCACAAAAUCCUACUCAGAUAUGUUACUGAUGACUUCAUUAAGAGUAAAGUGAGCAAAAAAAAAAAAUCCAGAUUUUUCACCUACUGCCUACAUUAGAACAAGUAAUUUCAUUAUUUAAUAAAUGUUUUGUGUUUUGACAUAGAGUACAUAAUUUAGGUUUUGCAGCUUUCUGAUUAUGAUCUCCUUGGUUCAUUGUCGUAUUAUAUACAUGUGUACAUAUUAAUUCUAUUGUUGGCUGUAGAUUGUAUUGUUUUUAUUUUUUCUUCCAUCAGUUUAACUGGUAUAUUAAUGGCUUCAUUGCUCUAUACAACCUAUUGUUUAUAUUUUCUAAUCAACUAUAAAUUGAUGAACAUCUUCAUUUAUGGGACACAAUUAAGGAAAUUUAAUAGAAUGACAAAGGUUGAGAAUGCAACUUAAUUUGUAAUAUACAGACAACACGUCUUUCCAAUUUUAAUUCACACAAUUUUAUUUUUAAUUCAACCAAUCAGAUUUAUACGGAGUUAAACUUGGAAACGCCCACUGACAGUCAAACAGCAAUAUCUUCUAAAUUGUCCAGCAUUUUGAUUAAUAAUAAAGAUCCUAUUUCGUUUGGUCUUUUUAUAAUUCAAAAUUUCCUUUUACUUGUCUUGAGAUACUAGAUAGUAGAGGCCAUCAAAGGUAUAAUAAAAACAAAACGAAAUAUAGAUCUGUAUUUUAUUCAGGACAGAUUGAAAUAAGCAGUUGAUUAGAUUGUGGGUUAAAGAUGGACAGAAUAGCUGUAAUUUUCUGUGUUCUUUAUUUCAAUCAAAUUAUUUUGCUGAGCAAAUCUUUCAUAACAUGCCUUAGGAGCUAUUUUAGUAUUCAAUUUGCAAUACAAGAAAAAAAGUGUUAUUCUUAUUUCGUAAUUUUUAUGCAAUCUGUUUUGUGAAAAAUAUUAAGGUCAUUUUUUUGUGAUUGAUAUUAUUUAGAAUUGUGAUUAUAUAAACCAGCCAAAACUAUUUUUAACUAUUAAAUAAAAUCUCUAGUUUUCAACAGUGUUGUCUCACAGCUUACAUUUUCAUAUAUAUAUUGUCUUUGCAAUAAAAAUUGUCACUUUUU